CAGUCGCAGUCGCAGUUGACGCGCACUCGUGGUUGCACGUGCCGCUGUCCUCCGGACGUCUGUUUUCGCUUUUCGCUGCGGGUUGUGUGGCGCUUUGCCGCUUGCUAUGGGAUAAUUAAUGUUAUUUUAGGAGAGCACGAGUACGAUGUUUGCGACCGUGGUGUGCGCGCUGACCGCGCUGGUCGCGCUGUGCCUGUACGGGAGCCGCGCCCACGGCUACUGGCGGCGGCGCGGCGUGCGUCACGUGCGCCCGUUGCCCUUCCUCGGCACCUAUGGUAGUGUUUACUUGAUGCAGAAGAGCACCACUCAAGUCGCCACCGACGUCUACUGUAGAUUCCCCGAAGAGAAAGUCGUGGGUCAGUUUUGGGCGAGCAAGCCACAGCUUCUCAUUAGAGAUCCAGAAAUCGUCAAACGAGUUCUCACGACAGACUUCGCUCAUUUUUACCCUCGCGGACUGAAUCCCCAUAAAGAGGUUAUCGAGCCACUUCUACGCAAUCUAUUCUUCGCUGACGGCGACCUCUGGCGUCUACUUCGGCAGCGAAUGACGCCGGCGUUCACGAGCGGCAAGCUGAAGGCUAUGUUCCCUCUUAUAGUGGAGCGCGCGGAGCGACUGCAGGCCCGCGCAUUGGCCGCAGCGCACGCCGGCCGCGAGCUGGACGCGCGCGACCUCAUGGCGCGCUACACCACAGACUUCAUCGGCGCCUGCGGUUUCGGGCUCGAUGCGGACUCGCUCAAUGACGAGAAUUCGGCAUUCCGGAAACUAGGUGCCCAAAUAUUUUCCUUCGGAGCCAAAGAAGUUUUCGUGGCAAUGUUGAAGGAGGUGUUUCCUGAUAUGUGUAAACACAUGAAAUACUUGUCCCGAGUCGAAAGCGAAAUUAUGAAUCUGGUUAAAAGCGUUCUCAAAAGUAGAAAUUAUGAACCUUCGGGAAGGAACGACUUCAUAGAUCUACUACUGGAGUGCCGGCAGAAGGGCACGAUGGUGGGCGAAUCGAUCGAGCGCGUGAGGGCGGAUGGCAGCGCCGCGCGCGCCGAGCUCGACCUCAGCGAUGAGCUAAUAGCGGCGCAGGUGUUCGUUUUCUUCGCGGCGGGCUUCGAGACCUCCUCGUCGGCGACCAGCUUCACGCUGCACCAGCUCGCCUACCAUCCGCAGGUGCAGCGGAAGGUGCAGGAGGACAUAGACGCGGUUCUCAGUAAAUAUGAUAACAAAUUGUGUUAUGACGCAGUGAAGGAGAUGACGUACCUCGAGUGGACUUUCAAGGAGUCUAUGAGAAUGUUUCCGUCCCUCGGUUUUUUGAUAAGAGAAUGCGCGAAAAAAUUCACAUUUCCCGAAAUCGACUUGACCAUCGACGAAGGAGUCGUGGUGAUGAUUCCCGUGCAGGCGCUGCAUAAUGAUGCCAAAUAUUUUCGUAAUCCGGAACAAUUUAGACCGGAACGAUUCAGCCCGGAGGAGUUUCAAUCUGUAGAAAAAUUCGUGUACCUACCGUUUGGGGCGGGACCGCGAGCUUGUAUCGGCGAGCGGUUGGGGCAUAUGCAAUCGCUGGCGGGGCUGGCUGCCGUGCUGUCGCGCUGUGCGGUGGCGCCGGGGCCCAGCACACGCCGCACCCCGCGCGUCACCCCCGCCUCUGACAUUGUGCAGAGCGUCCGCGGCGGCCUGCCUCUGCGCUUCAUACCGCGAACACAAAAACCUUUGUAGCGGCAUUCAGAGGAGGUGAUUGGUUUUUGUUUACGACAAUACUGUGAUACAUGUAAUGUUGACUCGUUUCCGUAGAUCCAAGAAACACGAGUUUAUACAUAAAGUUUAAAGUUCAAAAAUGUAUGGGGAUGGUACGGAUUGUUCGAUGGCGGAUGAUCAAAAAGAUUAGUAUUAUAUAUUUGAUGAAAGUUGUGUGAUGUAUGUAUGUAUGUUUAUGUGUGGGUAUAAUUAGGUCAGAUAUUAGAAGAUAAGAAACUUUUCCGCUCCCAAGAAGCUGAUGUCGUCUCGUUAUGUAGUAGAGUAUAGUGUGGUCUGGUCUGAGGACUAUUUCGGCUCCAGGCAGCUGCCCCUGUUAAUAACAAGCACAAAAUUCACAGGAAAGCAUUAAAGGCGCAGCGACGUCUUGCAGGCAUUUUUGCAAACGUUACGCUUACUUACAUUACGUAUUUAGCAUUAUUAGGGUGAGGUUACUGGAAAGUCCCGAACUUCUGUGAAUCCUUCGAUUUACCGGUAAAACUGAAUAUGUACUGACUUGUUAUCGUAAGAGUUAUGUGAUCUGUUGCUUUCGAGCAUUUACUAUUCACUUAGUACAUUAUAAGAUUUAUUUCAAAUAGCAGGGAAAUAAUCGACAAACAGUUGUUGUUAACAUUACGUUUUUAUAAGAAUUAAAUGAUCUUAAUAAAAAUACAAUGUUUGUUUACUGUAUGCCGACAUUUCCCCUGUUUUUUAGAAUAUCAGGUCUUGAGAAUUAUAAAGUAAAUGAUAGUAAAUGCUCGAAAUAAACCAAUAUCAUAUCAACUGUAUGAAAUUUUAGCAUAACUAACUAGGGUGACGCGACGAUCCGAAGUUGUCCUUGCCCUCCGAGCUUUACUUUUACCAUAACUAGUUGAUAAAUAUUAUGUUCUACAGAAGCACAUGUCUUAUUAAAAUUCUUAUUAAUAUUUAGUGCAUGAAUAGUACAAUGUUUAUUAUAACAUAAAGCUAUCAACAUAGAAGUUGUCUUUAUCUGUAUUUCGUGAUGUCAAUUUAAUUCUCGCGCGUCACACACAUACAUAUGUACACAUAAUAAUUACUAUAUAUUUUGUUAUCAUUAUAUGAACAUGUAACAGAGGGACAUUUCAUUUUAAUGAGAACAUGAUACUGUUAUG